AUUAUAUGUUUGGCUGGCCACUAAGCUCGAUUAUCACAGAGUUGGGCUUUUGCAAAGCUUCCUAAUAGUGAAGUAUUUUUUUUUCUGAAGGUGAGGGGAGCAGCUGUAAUGAGACCAUUGGGAUCACGCAAGGUCCGGAUAUCUUUGCCCGCAUCGGUGACAAUGUGACCCUAACCUGUGAGGUAGUGGGUAACGAGGAAUUGAGUGGUACAAAAAUACGAUGGGAGCACGCGGAGAGGACAUUGACAGGCGGGAGCUCCUGCAUUUACAAUCACAGUUCUGUACCUUCUACUUGCAAUCAUACCGUCAUUGAAGCCGACUUGUUUUCCAAAGGCCUUUAUACUUGCAACGUAGUAGUAAAAGGAGGCGUUUGUUCCAGCAGUGCUUAUCUAACAAUUAUUCCUAUUCCUAUGGUGCGUGUCUCUGACCCAUCAACCGGUGCGCUCCUCGAUGACCCCAGAUAUGGUCCGGUGGUUGUGCAGUCGGGUACCACACGUCUCUUCGAAUGCUUUAUUCAGGAUGCUAGACCUGAUACCUAUAACAUCACGUGGAACAUCGCAAAUUGGACAGAAAUGGGCACCGCUGUGGUCGAGGAACCGUUCGGUGGAGGGUUGGUCAAUGUGAGCAGCUUUCUCCUCGUGAAACAUCCGGGUAAAGAGACCCGGGAAAGUAACCUGACAUGUACAGCAACAGACAUCCACAACGGCAAAUCUUGGAACAGCACGUCAUUCAAGAUAACAUUUUGCAGAGGGUCUGGGUACGAGAAUACAGUGACCGGAGUUCUCAUUAGUCUUUGCGUGGCUGCGACGAUCGCAGCUGUCAUCGCCGAGAUCGUCAUUUACAAGCACUAUAACGGAUAAAUCUGACGGGAAGAGGAGCAUAGUCGCUUUCAAUUAAAUUGCAGUAAAUUUCCACUCUAUGUGGAACAUUAAUUGACAAGCCUAAUAUAUUUAAAAAUGCUAAGAACUCCUCCACGGAACCUAUCUGAAUAAACCUCCCGAAGCAACGUACCACAUGCUAAGUAAGAUUUGAAGCUUUGCAUGGCGGAAGUACAUAGGAUGUAGGUUUGCGGGUA